AGCUUCGACCCCACGCACUGAGCCGCUAGGGUGGGUGUGUGUGGGGCGCGGGGCGCUGGGAGUGGGAGGCUACCCGGCCGGUGGCUGCGCCUCUGUGCUGUUGGGCUGCCAGGCUGUCGGCCUUCUGGACCUGCGGGCAGCGCUGUGGCACCAUCCUUCGGCCCCCAGGGACCCUCAGCGAGCUACACAGCGCAGAGUACCCGGCGACCCUGCCCCCUCUUCUGCCGCCAGGAGGUGGCGCUUACGGACGCCGCCAAGCGGCCGCGCUGCAGCAGCCGUCGAGGUUCAGUCACUUCCAGGGGUCCAGUCCGUGAGGCGUGAGUGCGAGCGGCAGGAGAGGGUGGGGGCUGAACUGUGCUAGCUUCAGCGCUUCCUGUGGCCUGGCACCCAGCCUGGUAUUGCCCUCGGAGUCUUGCCCGACUGUCUUCAAUCCAUUUCCUGGAUGAACUGGGGCCUCCCUUCACACUGAGGCCCAGCCCCUCCCCCACGUGCCCGGAGCAGGCCUACCCUUAGCAGGGAGUGAUGGAAGGGCCCCAGGAGGGUGGGGACGAGCCCCCAGACUCACAGAGCCAUGCCACCGACUGGAGGUUUGCUGUGUGCAGUUUCAGGGAUGCCUGGGAGGAGGAACCAGCUUUUCAGGUGCAGUUUAAGGACUCCAUUCCCCUAAAACUACAGGAGAGCCCCUUGCCCAGGGAGCUACAGUUACCUCCACAAAUGAGGGCUGCAGAUGGGUCAGGGGAUGGCCAGAGGAGCACUUUAGGAGUCUCUUUAGUCCAGACGGAAAAGCCAACCCCCUCCAGAGUAAACAGCCUCCUGUGCCCCAUGUCCUCCCACCUCAGCCCAGGGGGAGGCGAGGUAGGAGACUCAGGUCCAGGUGGGGCAUUUCCAGCUGUCUUGGGGCCUGGGGGUUUGGACAACAACCUUGUGGGCAUUGGAAAUCCUUUAUCAGAGACAUCACCAAAGCUGCUGGAGGCAGACUCAAGUGGAUCCAGUCUACCUAAGCCUGCUGACUGCCUCCUAGCCCAAGACCUUCCCUGGGAGCUGCUGGCCAGUGGCAUGGCUUCUUUGCCAGGGACUCGUGAUGCAGAAGGCCGAGCAGUGCUGCUUCUGUGUGCCCACAACCCAGCCUGGCUUCACCCCAAGAGCAGCAGCCAUGAACUCAUCUGCUUGCUGCUUUACCUUCGAAGCAUCACCAGGCACGAAAUACAGGCCCUGGGACUGACCAUACUAGUUGAUGCCCGCAUAUGUUCCCCAAGAUCUUCACUCUUGUUGGGGCUCAGCCAACUACAAGAAGCAGCCCCAGGAUCUGUGCACCACGUACUGCUGGUGGGAAAGAUACCAGAUGAGGUGCCUUCAGGUCUGCAGCUUGAGCACCUGCCCUCUCAUCAGAGCCUGCUGACUCACAUCCCCACUGCAGGGUUGCCCACUUCACUAGGAGGAUGCCUACCUUAUUGCCACCAGGCCUGGCUGGAAUUCCGGAUGCGUCUGGAAGCACUACUACAGAACUGCCAGGUGGUUUGCACUCUGCUUCAGGGGGCCAUAGAGAGUGUGAAGGCUGUACCUCAGCCCAUGGAGUCUGGGGAAGUUGGCCAGCUGCUACAACAGGUACAGGUCCUGAUGCAGCAGGUGCUAGACUCACCACAGCUGGCAUGGCUACAAUGCAAAGGGGCCUUGGAGCUGGUGUGGCUAAAGCAGGAGGUCCCAGAGGUUACCCUGAGCCCAGACUACAGGCCAGCAGUUGACAAGGCUGAUGUGUUGUAUGGCCGUGUGGAUGGACUGCUGCACCAGCUAACUCUACAAAGCAACCAGCAAGUGCGAGCACUAGAACUGCUCCAGGCACUGGAGGCCCAAGAAAGAAGGCUGCACCAGAUUGAAGUGUGGCUGCAGCAGGUGGGCUGGCCAGCACUGGAGGAGCCAGGGGAGCCCUCGCUGGAAAUGCUACUCCAGGCCCAAGGCCCUUUUCAGGAGUUGGACCAGGUUGCUCAGGAGCAGAUCAAGCAAGGAGAGAAAUUUCUGCAGCCACUGGCCAGUUGGAAGGCAGCUGACCUGGGUGCCCCUGGGGCAUGGUUUCUGACCCUGCGGGCUCAGCUGACAGAAUUCUCCAGAGCUCUGGCCCAGCGGCGCCAGCGCCUGGCAGAUGCUGAGAGGCUGUUUCAGUUUUUCAAGCAGGCUUCAACGUGGGCUGAGGCAGGGCAGCGGGUCCUGGCAGAGCUGGAGCAGGAGCACCCACGGGUUGUGCUGCAACAGCUGCAACUGCACUGGACCAGGCACCCUGACUUGCCUCCUGCUCACUUCCGAAAAAUGUGGGCUCUAGCCACAGGACUGGGUUCAGAGGGCAUCCGCCGGGAAUGUCAUCGGGCCUGGGCACAGUGCCAGGACACCUGGUUGGCCCUGGACCAGAAGCUAGAGGCUGCACUGAAGCCAGCACUGACAGGCAGCACAGCUACACUGUGUGUCAGCCGGGUCCCUGCUGCAUCUGCUGCCCCUCCCCUGAGGAAGUCUUACAGCUUUGAUCAGAAUCUGGGGCAGAGUCUCAAUGAGCCAGUCAACCACUACCACCAUGCCAACAUUGUCACUGCCUGCCAUGGACCAGAGGCUGCGGGAGGUCCCCAGCCCAGGUUAUUCCCAACUACUAUGCCUCCACCAGGCACCUCUAACUGCAGAAGUCCCAACAGGCUACAGCUGGUGCUGGCAGAGAUGGUGGCCACAGAGCGAGAGUAUGUCCGGGCCCUUGACUACACCAUGGAGAACUAUUUUCCUGAGCUGGAUCGCCCUGAUGUGCCCCAGGGCCUCCGUGGCCAGCGUGCCCACCUAUUUGGCAACCUGGAGAAGCUGCGGGACUUCCACUGCCAUUUCUUCCUGCGUGAGCUGGAGGCUUGCACCCAACACCCACCUCGAGUGGCCUAUGCCUUCCUGCGCCAUAAGGUGCAGUUUGGCAUGUAUGCACUGUAUAGCAAGAAUAAACCUCGUUCUGAUGCUUUGAUGACCAGCUAUGGUCAUGCCUUCUUCAAGGACAAGCAGAAAGCACUGGGAGACCACCUGGACUUGGCUUCCUACCUGCUAAAGCCCAUCCAGCGCAUGAGCAAGUAUGCACUGCUGCUACAGGAGUUGGCACGGGCCUGUGGGGGUCCAGUGCAAGAGCUGAAUGCCUUGCAGGCUGCCCAGAGCCUUGUACACUUCCAGCUGCGACAUGGCAAUGAUCUGCUUGCCAUGGAUGCCAUCCAGGGCUGUGAUGUUAACCUCAAGGAGCAGGGGCAGCUGGUACGACAGGAUGAGUUCAUGGUGCGUGCUGGGCGCCACAAAUCCCUGCGUCGUGUUUUCCUCUUUGAGGAGCUGUUGCUCUUUAGCAAGCCUCGCCGUGGGUCCGCAGGUGUUGACACAUUUACCUACAAGCGCUCCUUCAAGAUGGCAGACCUUGGCCUCACUGAGUGCUGUGGGGAUAGCAAACUGCGCUUUGAGAUCUGGUUCCGCCGGCGCAAGGCCAGGGACACCUUUGUGCUACAGGCCUCCAGCUUGGACAUCAAGCAGGCUUGGACAACUGACAUCUCUGGCCUGCUCUGGAGGCAGGCUGUUCACAACAAGGAGGUGCGCAUGGCUGAGAUGGUGUCCAUGGGUGUGGGGAACAAGGCCUUCCGAGACAUUGACCCCAGCGAGGAAGCUAUCAAUGACCGCAGCAUCAACUGUGUCCUAAAGAGCCGAGAAAUUCGCUCUCGGGCCUCCAUUGCUGUGGCCCCACUUGACUAUGAGAGCCCCUAUUUGGGGGCCUCAAACCCUGUUCCUGGAGACCCUGCCUCUUGCUCUGUUCUGGGGUCCCUCAACCUGCAUCUAUACAGAGACCCUGCUCUUCUGGGUUUCCGCUGGCCCCUGUACCCCUCCAACUACCCAGAAGAAGCAACACUGGAGGCCGAGGUGGAGCUGGGAAGCCAGCCCUCUUUGACUCCUGAUGAUUCAGAAGUCUCAUCCCAGUGCCCAUCAGCCAGUGGCUCCAGUGGUUCUGACGGCAGUUGUGUGUCAGGGCAGGUCCUGGAGAGAGGCCUUGAGGACUUGUCCUAUAACCGAGAAAGCAGAUCUUGACACCUCACCUGGCACCACAGGUCUGAACCCAGGCUUGAAGGGGAACUAUGGAUCCAGCAGCUCCAAGGAACAUUAUCACCUGGCUAUAUCUUCAUGACCAGGGCAUCGCUAGCACCUGGGCCAUCUUAUUUGACCACCUACAUGUGUAGCCAUGUUGACUAUUCUUUCUGAUAUCUGUGGCCAUUGCCUGGGGCCUCUUCAGGGGAGUCUGGCUGCAGAACCUGAACAAGCACUCUGACCCAGGUUCCUGGCCCCAUGUCUUCUUCUUCUGUCCCCUCUCUGGCUUCCAUCUCAGUUACAAAUUAGGAAAAGGCCAGGACAGAGAGCAGGUAUUUCCAUGCUCUAUGUUGAUGAAGUACCAUAUGGCUGUGGGCAGUUACUGCUUCCCCUAGUCCUCUGGAGAGACAUAGGUGGGUUCCCAGAAGCUACUCCCCAGUCCCUGGCCUUAAUGCUGGUCACUCCCCCAGGGACAAACCCACCCCACUGGGCCUUUGGCCUUUCCUGUCCUGGCUUC